UUUACGGACAUUCCGGGUCCGUGGCAUACGCUGUGAGGACGCGUCGCUGGCUGUUGUCAGUUGUUACCGAGCUUCGGCCAGAGACAGAUAGUCUGCUAGUGAGUUCAUCUGGUUUCCGUUUCCGGUUCCGUGCGAGUCUUUGGCUGCUAACCAGUGGUUGUGUCCCUCCUUUUCUACCGAAUUUUGUAAACAGUAGAAGAACGUUUUUUCGAACCCAAAUACCAAAACACAAUAAUCGUGUAUUUUUGUAGUAAUUUUAUGGAAACAGGUUUCCAGCUGGCUCGUGAAAGUCAAAGUGCAAAUUGGCCCAGAAAACAAGAACAACAAUAACAAUAACAAUACCAAAAACAACAACAAGUUCAGGUCGUUUGGCUGUGUGUGUGUUUGAGUGUGUUAGAGUGUGUGUGUGUGUGCAAUUGAUUAAACAAAAACGAGUAACCUAGGCCAACUGGUUGUGGAGAAACCCCAUCGAAAAGCCGCGGACUAAAUUGUCAAAUCCAGGAUAAUGGGCUGCAACACCAGCCAGGAGCUGAAAACAAAGGAUGGGGCCGCCAUCGAUGCGGUCAGCAAUGGGGAUGCGGAGCCAAGUGCUCCACCCUUAGAGGGCGAUUCCGGCUCCAAGUCCUCGAAUAAUCAUACAAAUCACGCCAAAUCAAAUUCAAUUAUCUCCAACGGUGAUGCCAAGGCGGCGAAUGGAGGCGGCUCCGCUGGUGGCAAGUCAGAAGCAACAAAUGGCAUUGACCGUCCUUGCGACAAGGCGGCAAUUACGGAGUUCAACGACGAGGAGGACGAAGCAAAAGCCGCAACAAAAAUCCAAGCCGUCUAUCGAGGCCACAAAGUAAGAGAAACCAUGAAAAAAUCGGAAACCAAAACCGCGACCAACAAUGGCACUGCCACCGGAGCAGCUCCAUCGGCCGAUGCCGCCGGAGCAGCCGCAUCCCCCGAGCCAACCAAAGCCGAGCUCGAGGCUGAAUUCGAUCCAAACGACAAGGAGCUCUGCCAUGCUGCAUUGAAGAUUCAGUCCACAUUCCGUGGUCAUUUGGCACGCAAGCUGGUCAACAAGGAUGCGCCCGAGGAUGAGGACAUCCAGGAGAUAACCAAGAAAGUGGCCGAAGAAUUGGACAUUGAUUUAACCGAUCCCGAGCUUAACAAGGCUGCUACCAAAAUCCAGGCCUCCUUCCGCGGCCACAAGAUACGCAAAGAAACCAAUCCCGAAUAAGGAACUCAUCACUUCAAUUUUGUUGGUCACGGCUUAAUGAAAGCUUAAUGAAAUACGAUUAAAAAAUAUUGGUAAUUUGUAAAUGUGUAAAAGGCCGAUCAAGAUGAGGGCACACAAUUGUAAAACCCUUAGUGAAUAUGUUUUAACCGAAAUUGAUUCUCAUUAACUUUAAAUAAUAUAUGAUUAAGUCGAGGGAAAAAGUUGAUUAUGAUUUGCAAAGCUUUAAAAAUGACGAGUUGAAGGGAGAAUAGGUGCAAUGUUAAUUUUAAAGCCAAGUUGGUUGCUUCUUUCAGUAUUUAAUUACCAACUUUUAGAAUAAACAUAAAUUUCAGUUAAUUGAAAAUUAUAUAAACUUUGUUUUUUGGUCUCUGCUACUUAUUAUCCCCAAGACAGUAACUAAUGAGGAACUAAACCUAAACUAAAAUUAAAGUUACAUUUUCAAAGAAAACCUAAUGUUACAGAAAGAUAAAUAAAAGGCACGAUGUUCCAUAAAAAUUAAAGUAGGAAAAAGCAAAAAAAUGCGAAACCAAUUAUAAGACAAAUGCAAGGAAAAUGCUGAACAAAUUUUUGGGAAAACAUUUCCAUUUUGUCUGGCCAAUGCCAAAAAAAAGUAAUAAAAAGUUAAUUGUACCUACAUGCAUAUGAACUUGAUAAAAAAAAAAACCAAAGAAACUCAAUGUUGUUUCAGAUUAAGGAAAUUAAGGGGUAUCCAACUCAACAAUUUUUCAGCCUUUGAGCUCUACAAGUAUAAACUGAUAAAUAAAUGAUGAAAAACUAAUCUGGUGGCACAAUUUUUCGUUUUUCUACCAAGUGUAUUACAUAUUUGUCUACUUAACUGAAUAUAAAGAAAAAAACAAAAACUUGAAACUGAAAUAAAAACACACAUAUAUACAUAUAUAUAUAUACCUAAAAAAUUAUUAAAGAAAAUGUAUUAGAACGAGUUGAAUUGGAAAAUAUUUUUUUCGGCUAAUUGCCGGAAAAAAAUGUUACCAUGUGGAAACCAAAAAAAAACAAAACACAAAAGCCACUAAAGAAAUAUUUUAAAAUUCAAAUCAAUUAACUACUGAAAUUAAUAACAAACUAAUGAAAAUAAUUGAAAUUAUAUUAGAGAACAAAGUCAAAUUCAAAAUAAAUUGCAUAUAAAAAUUAUUACAUUUAAAAACAAGCAAAUGGGUAUUAUCCAAUUACAAGUGGAUGAAUUGGAAAAUGGAAAACCCAUAUUGAGAAAAGAACUCAUAUACAAACCGGAGAAACCAAAACAGAGAAUGUCCCAACUAAAUUUUAAUUGAGUAAUAAAAAUAAAAACUA